AUGUUGGUAAAACCAGACUUCCUGAGUUGGACGCUACAGAUCAUGGACUUUAGAAAACGUGGAUCAUCUGCAAAGACACAGAUCACUGACAUGAACGGAAAUGAACCAAAUCCUGGAGAUUUGAUUGAGAUCUUCCGUAAAGGCUAUAAGCACUGGGCUGUGUACGUUGGAGAGGGCUACGUUGUUCAUUUUCUGGGACCAGAGGGAAGUAUUUCGUCCUCCAGCACCAUAAACCUUCCCAUUGGGAAGAACAACGUCCUGAAACAGAAGCUACUGGAGGUGGUGAGCACUGACGAGUGGACGAUCAACAACCUCCACGACCAGGAGAAACAACCCCGCCCUCCGGAGGUUAUCGUGAACGAAGCCCACAAACUCGUGGGCACAACUCGAUCAUACAACGUCGUCAACUACAACUGUGAACAUUUUGCAACUGAGCUUCGCUACGGCAACGCUGAGUCAGAGCAGGUAGAAGAAGCUGUGAAGGUCACACUUGGUGUGACUGGACUCUCAAUAACUGUGGGAGUCCUGAUCGUGGCUUUUUUAGUUUGGAAGACUCAAAGGUCAUCAAGUAACUGAUGUAAAUUUUAAUUUUAAAUGAUUUAAACCCAUUUUAGAUUAUUUGAACAGUUUUAUUUUGGUCUUGAAGACAGAAGAAAACAGAUGUUUGUUUUGUAAAUGUCCAUUUUUUGUUACCUGAGCUUUAAGGUUGAUCAAAUAUUAUUAUGAAAACACAUUAAAUAUGAAUCAUUUAAACUCAUCUUCUUGUUUUAAUUGUAAUGAGCGACUCCAUCAGUGACUCUUUCUGUUUGGGUUUAUUUGGGAAGAGUUUGUGACGUUAGAUACUUUUAUCUGAUUGUAUCAGACAGAAAAUGACAGCAGAGAAAGAAGGAGACAACAUGUCAUAAACGACCCGGGAGUCGAGUCCAGGACAGCGGCGCCGAGGACCAACAUCCUCUCUGCCACAUGGUGACCUCUACCUCUGAGCCACACAGCGCCCCCUAUCCUGCACUUCAUGAAUUACUCUCUGCAGGUUCUAAAUGUUAAUGAAUAACCUGCUUUUCUUUUCUAAAGCUGCCAGAGGAGGCUGCCGGGUCGGUUGGGUCGGACUAAACUGCUUCAUCCCUACUGAGAUUAAAUGUUUGUUCAAUCUUUGCAAUUAUCUGCCUCAGUCAUCACUCACUCAUCCACUGGACUUAUUCCAAUCAUGAAUAAAUCAGAGACAUAAGAAGCGUACUCACCCCUGAUAAACUGCC